AUGGCUGAAUUCGAACCGUUCCCAGUCUCCCCCAACUACUUCGCGAAGCACGCCGCGCCCCACUCGGACGCCCCGUUCGUCCCGUACUGGGCCCGCUGUGACACCCAGUGCGCCCAGAACCUCCUUGACUGCUCCGACGAGCCCAUCGAGUACGAUCACGACGACGAGGAUUACAGCGACAACUGCUUUUUCUUCCCCGAGGAUUGCUCGUGGACCCCUCCCAAAGACUGGGUCGUGGAGGCACACUGUCAAUCCAUCAAACAACCGGAAAUUCACAUCCACGAACUUGACCCGGCUGGCCUGGACGCCGCCGACGACGACACCAUGAUUCCCGGUCUACCAGAUAUUAAGAUGCUCGACUCGGAGGCGCUGGGUGAUCUACUGGAGGAUAACCUCUCCCCGCCGGAGAUCACGACAAUGAUCGUUUUCGCGACCAACGGUGCCGUAUUCGCAUAUGCCUCCUCCCUAUCCUCCCGCCAGCUCCGCAACCUGAGCUCGACCUACGGCGCCGCAUAUACCUGCUACGCCAAAAACGCAUCAAGCGGAAACCUCACAGGGGUAAAUCCCGCCAGUCACCCAUCCUCCUACGUGACGGCCCAAUCCAUGUCGCUGGGCGACGUAGGAUCGAUCGUCUUUGAGCUGGAUGACUCGGUGGCCGUGGUGACUCGUAUCGCGGACAAAGUCCUCCUGGCCGCCGUGGGCCCGAACAAGCUCGACGACACGAUAAACGGCGAUGGGCCUGACCACCUCGCGGUUGACGGCCCAAGUGACUCAACGGCUGGCAAUGGAGCCACGCUAGAUGAGUCACAGGCUGACAGUGGCGUGCCUUCUUCGAAUGCACCUACACACAACGGGGCUCUCGAGUCCCAACACGAGAUCGACCGGAGUGCGGACUUAUCCAGACUGGCUAGUUUGAACUUGUCUGCUUCGCCGUCUGUGCUGCUCGCGCUGGAGUCUAAAUGUGCGGCUCUUGGGCGGUUUUUGGGCGAGAAAUUGAGUGAUCUCGAGAGCCCGGAGGAUUUUUGA